AUGGCUGCCCUGCAAGAGCAGCACAUCACUGCCAAUAUGAACACAAGUGUGGGUACAGACAACUCGGAGGAUACUGUCCACUCACCGGGCACAUCCCCAGUUGCAUCGCCCGCUUCAGACGCUGGCAGCAUCACGACAGUUGCUUCGUCAAACACAUCAUCCUCGACAUCAUCCCACACAAUCACUGCCUGCGAUAUCAGUGAAACCUCGGUUCCCAUCUGCGCCACCCAGAAGAAAAGGCGAUCCGUGUCAGUCAAGACCAAGAAGUCCAAGGUGCGCAUACAUCUGUCGCCGUCUUCCAAGAGGCCAUCGCCCGAGAGGUCCAUCCUCAAGAAAAAGAGCGACCCUGCACCAACUCCUCUGGAUCCCCGGGCCUUCCCCAGGUUGUCUCCUAGUCAACUCCCAGAGAAUGCAAUCGACGAAGACGAAGACGAUGAUGAUGAUGAAGAUAUGAUCCCUCCCGCGUCACUUAUCGCAGUCCUUCCAGUAAAGUCGAGACCUGGAUCCAGGGGAGCCGUCACCUCGGGGAACAUGAGGCUCCCGCGCUAUCCCAAGAACAUCAACCAUAUAGUACACGACCAAUGGCAAAAAGUGCCUGAGAGGGCACCCAAUUGCCCUGCUAACCCUAAACACAAGCAACUUCAGCGCGUGGUGCCUGAUGAGGCAGGCUCGCAAAUUCACUCGGCUGCUGGUGAAGUUAAUGCAGUCGGUCGACUACUACGCACACAAUCGGAUACAACAGUGCCUGCGCUGGGGAAAACUCAAGCGCCGCCAGCGCCAGUCAAUGGCUUGCACAUAUAUGGAAGCAAUCCAAGCUGCCACCCAAUAGGUAAUACUCGUCCCGUUUCCCGCCAAACAUCAAAGUUGCAACCCGUCGAGUACGACGCCGGUGAGCCGCUGCUGCGAGUUGUCGGUUUCGAGUACUCGCCGAAUCGGUCCUUGUCAGACCCAGACGUCCGCUCGUCCCUCGUGGUCGAAGCUAUGACGCGGUCCCCCACCAUAAUUACGGACGAGGUCCCCAGGCCGCUUCUCGAGCUCGCUCCAGGAUGGGGCGAGCAGCCUCGCAAGGCGCCUCCAUCGCCCGCCGAGUCCGACAUGGGUAGAGCUGCCUUCAAGGGCCAGGCGGCGGGCCAUUUCGGGGAGGUUACCAUUACCCCCUUCCGUGGUAAGAGACGAGCGCGCGAUUCGGUUUCGUCUGGCAGUGUGGACGAGCUCUACCUGGCGUCCGAGCGGGCGGCACUGAGGUUCGACACACCUGCCGUCUCUUGUUUUGCGCUGAGAGAGAUGGGUCCUCUCCCUGCGGACCUCGACCGUCGUCCGCUUGGCGAAGGCUGGGCCUGGCCGCAAGCGGCGGCGCCGGCGGCUGGCCCUUUGAGAGACUGCGCGAAUCACUGCCCAGACCCAAGACGGCGACGGGGACCACGACCACCUGGCUCAGCGACGAGAAGCAGCGGCCCAUCACCAGAGCAGGCACCCCGCUCGACUGGCGACCUUCCACCGCUGCAGACGAUAGCGACCACCACGACCAGCAGCACCACUCUCGCAAGUUCAGAGAGGGCGGCUUCCACGACCGACUUGCCCACGGAGCAACCAAGAUCGGCUCGCUCUACCGCCGGCUACUUUCCGCCCGCCAGGCCAGCGCCCGCCGCCAGGAGCAGCACUAGCCAUAGCAGCGGCUCCUUGAUCCGCUCCGCCGAACGGAGCCCCAUCAGCCCUCUGGAGCCCAUCCCCGAGGUGCAGUCUAUAAUGCCCUCGUCUUCCAAGGAGGUCAAGUGGGCCGACGAGCAACGCGAUUCAACCGAGGAUCAGGAAAAGGGCGAGCAGGUGCGCGAGGAGACGUCUGCCAAGACGAGCCAAGAGAUACAGACUUCAACUUCAGCCCCCGAGACUCCCACCGCAUCACGCCGCACAUCGAGGCCAUUUACGAUCGACAGGAGCGGGAGGAGACCAUCUGGAGGGCUGGUCUCGAGAUCAAUCGCCGAGGUCCAAAUCGCCGAGCCAAGAGGAACCAUGUUUGGACCCUUGCCAACCGCCACCACGCUCCUCAGGCCCGUCGUGACGGCGACAAUCUCCGCACCGCCCGCCUCGACGUCGUCGGAACCGACCCCAACACCGACGACAGCGACGUCGUCCACCUCUCCCACUUACGCGUUUGAGAGCAUGAACCCGCUCCCGGCGCUGAGGCGGGCAAUGUCGGACCUUUUGCCGAGCAGGCCCACGCACGCCUACCACCCCGUGCUCGACCACUACGCCCCCGAGCAGCCUUUCCACAUCGAGUGGCGCCGCGGCAGCGUCGACGGCCAGCCGUUGCCCGUCACGACGUACAUGGCCUCGCCGCCCAUCAGAUCCCGACGGGGUUCCGCCUCCACGCUACCCUUGUCGUUGGAGCCCACUACCGCCACCAUGGCUGCUGCGCCGACGACGCCUGGCGGAUCUCACCCGGCCCGACAGUAUACUACCGAGUCCAGGGUCUUUGGGUGGCUCAACCAGCAGCACUAGUCUUCUUUUUUUUGUCGUCUUUUUUUAUCCUUCCUUCACACACCCCGGGCAUUCUGGGCAUCGAUGGCUUUCCGGAACAAAAGAUCCCAAAAAUGCACUCCGGGGUGGGGAACUUUGUAUCAUUAGCGCCAGCGCCCUUAGCUUGGGUACUGUGUGG